GGGUUAAAAGCCAAGCGAGUCCUUUCCUAGCUCGGCUGGAUGGCGGGGAGAUCGAUGGCGGAUGUCGCUUCCUGCUCCGCCCACCGUGGGAAAUAAUUCAUGGAAUUUCCCAGGCCUUGGGGCGGUGCUUUGUUCCUUGGGGGAGAAAGCCGGCUGUGGCACGUUUCAUCUCCGAUGGGCCUUCCAUCCCGAAGGAACAGAGAUGUCAGUAACACACCUGGCUCAGAUGCUGGUGAGCUUUGAAGACGUUGCUGUCUAUUUCACCAAGGGUCAGUGGGAUCUUCUGGAUUCGCAUCAAAAAUCUUUGUACAGCGAAGUCAUGGGGGAGAAUUACGGCCAUGUAGCUUUCCUGAUGGGGUCUCCAGUUCUCAAACCCGACCUGAUCUCCCGGCUGGAACAAGAGGAAGAGCCCUGGAUUCCGAUCCCCUGUGAGGUGGAUGGAGGGAAGACUCUGGACUCUGGACCAGGUGCAAGAAGUCCGUACUCUCUCUGUGCUGGUGCAUCCGCUCCUCCUGGUGGAAGGGAUCCAACUGAGGCAGACCCUGGGCAGAGACCCGUGACCUUUGAGGAUGUGGCUGUGUACUUUUCAGAGCAGGAGUGGGCCUUGCUGGAUCCGGCUGAAAGAAGCUUGUACAGGGAUGUCAUGCUCGAGAACUAUGAAAAUGCAUCUUUGUUGGGGUCUCCUGUCCUCAAACCCUCCCUGAUCUCCAGCUUAGAAGAAGAGGAAGAACCUUGGGUGCCAGAUCCACAGGCCCUGGAGGAAAGGAAGGCCUUGGACUCCAGCUCUGGUGACAAGAAAAAAAGGCACUUUUGCCCGGAUUGUGGGAACAGUUUUACAGUGCUAGCAAGCCUCGUGAGGCACCAGAGAUCCCAUACGGGGGAGAGACCUUACAAAUGCCUCGAGUGCGGGAAAGGGUUUCGCGACAAAGGAGGCCUCGUCAAACAUCGGAGGAUCCACACUGGCAAAAAGCCCCACGAGUGCCAUGAAUGCAGGAAAAGGUUCACGGAAAGAGAUGCGCUUAUUCAGCAUCAGAAAACCCAUCUUGGUGACCUGAGGAAGCGCUACUUGUGCCUAGAGUGCGAGAUGAGCUUCCUCAGCAAAGGAGGCCUCGAGAGGCACCAGAGGGUCCACGCGGGAGAGAGGCCCUUCCAGUGCCCCGAGUGCGAGAAAAGCUUCUACGACAAUGGGAGCCUGGUGAGGCACCAGCGGACCCACCGGCAGGACAGGCCCUUCCCCUGCCUCGAGUGCGGGAAGCGCUUCAACAUCCGCUCCAACCUCACCAGGCACGAAAUCCUCCACAAAGAAGCCAAGCCCUUCCAGUGCGCCGACUGCGGGAAGCAGUUCAGCAGAAAGGGGCGCUACCUGAAGCACGCGAGGGAGAAGCCCUACGAUUGCCCCGUGUGUGGCAAGGCCUUCUGCGAGAGGGGAGACAUGGUCCGACACCAGAAUCAGCACCCAGAUGAGCUGAGGGAAAAGUUCGCCUGCCCGGAAUGCUGGAAGGUUUUUAGCAAGAAAUCCAGCCUGAGCAGCCACCAGAAACGCCACACGACCGAGAGGCCCUUCGAGUGCUACGACUGCGGCAAGAGGUUCAAGAAGAAAGGGGACUUGGGGGCGCACCAAAACAGCCACACUGGAGAGAGGCCCCACAAGUGCUUUGAGUGCGGGAAGAUGUUCGGUAGCAAAACAGCCCUCUAUCAACACCACCGGAUUCACACGGGAGAGAAACCCUACUCCUGUGCGGAGUGCGGGAAGCAGUUCACUCUCAAAGGAAACCUCGAUCGGCAUCAGAGGACCCACGCUGGAUGAGGCAAGAUGGCGGCAGGGACAUGAUGUCUUUGGCCAGAAGCUGUGUGGCAGAAAAGGAGAGAGUCCUUCACCCUGCCUUUUGCGUGUGUGUAUCGAAUGACUGUCUAUUUAGAGCAUGGGUAGGCAAACUAAGGCCCGGGGGCUGGAUCCGGCCUAAUCACCUUCUCAAUCCGGCCCGUGGACGGUUCAGGA